GGAUGGCAAGGAGGGAUGCUUACUUAGAUAAUGGAGUCGUGAGUGUGCGGGGUGGGGGAGUUUGUGAUUAGCUUUGAGUUGAUCCCCUGGCAGCAGAUGGCAAAUGGUGGCUUACCUAGAGACCUUGAAUCCCGGUAGCUGCAGCAGAGUGAGUCCACGGCGCAAGGACGAAGGAGUGCGCAGUGAGAAGACUCCUGAGACGGGACAGCAGGGAGACAGACUGUAAGAGGACGUGGCGUCAUGUCGCUGAAAGACCUGUGUGUAGGCGCCGUCCUGUUGCUGCUGCUCCGUGUCCAGUGUCUGCAUGGCUCGGCUCUUCCUGCUGUAUCCUCCUAUGAGUUCACCGCCUACAGGAUGCAGCAGUACAACUUGGCACAGCAGACGCACGGUUGCCGUGGAGCAAUUGUGGUGGCAGAGGCGAGAUCAGCCGAAGAGCCGGUGCUGACCCGCCGUUGUGUCAUCAUGAAGGUGCCAGACUUCACCACAGAGAAAUACCUGGAGGCCCGGAGACAAAAUGCUGCUGCCAUUCUGAUCCUGCUCCCCAGAAACAUCUCCAGUAUCCCCCAUGACAUUGUACAGUCCUUCAUGGUGAGUGAGAGCGAGACCCUGCUGAAGGAGACCCUCACGCCCGUGUAUGUGGUGCCCGAGGAUGAACAGCUGCUCUACAUGUACGAGGAGGUCAAGCAGGCUGCAGCCAGCCGGACCUCGUCCAUAUUCAUCCGAGUCCUUCGAAGCAUGAUCACAGCUACAGCCUUUCAGAUCUUGGUGAGCAACAACGCCCCCAUCAAGGCCGUGACUGACACCUCGGUGGCCACACUGGAGGGAGUGCUUCCAGGAGCAGGGGACGAUGUACCCACUAUUGUCAUCACCGCCCACUAUGAUUCAUAUGGACUGGCCCCGUGGUUGGCCUAUGGAGCGGACUCUAACGGCAGUGGAGUUACCAUCCUGCUGGAGUUGGCUCGUCUCUUCCAGAGGCUUUACAGUAGCCCGAGCACCAGACCGCCAUAUAAUUUAAUGUUCUCCUUGACCGGAGGUGGAAAAUACAACUUUCUGGGCACAAAGAGAUGGAUUGAAGAGAAUCUGGACCAUGCAGAGUCCAGCCUGCUUCAUGACAAUGUGGCAUUCGUCCUGUGCUUGGAUUCACUGGCCAACGCUGAUGAACUGUACAUGCAUGUGUCCCGGCCUCCUAAAGCCGAAACUCCCAUGCACUCUUUCAUGCAGCUCCUGGAGGAGGUGGUUUCCUCCAGGUUCCCCUGGGUGACGGUGGGUUUGGUCCAUAAGAAGAUCAACCUUGUGGAGUCCACAGUAGCCUGGGAGCAUGAGCGCUACAGUCUGCGCAGGAUCCCCGGUUUCACUCUGUCUCAUCUGGAAGACCCCAAAUCUGAGCGCCGUGGAUCAAUACUAGACACAAUCUCACAGGUGGAUUUCAGGAAGAUGAAGCGCAACGGCAUCAUCAUAGCGGAAGCACUGGCGCAGUAUAUGUACAAUCUCUCAGACAAAGGUUCUCCAAAAGAUAUGCAGAUUUUUAAGGGCCAAAUGGACUUCCAGGACAGUCGCAUGUCCAGUCUCAUGUCCUUCCUGACGUCAGUCCCCCGGGCAACCCAGCUGUUGGACAAGGAGCCCAGUCACAUCCUGCUGGUCAACUCACUGGAGCACGAGUUUAAACGAUACCUGCAGCAAGUCCACAGGCACAAUUUUCGACAGGACAAGAGGGACCCCGAUAUUACCUUUUUCGAUCAAAUGGACCAACCAGUUGUGAUGUACAGAGUGAAGCCUGCCGCCUUCGACCUCUUCCUCGGGGGCUGCAUUGCUGCUUACUUGGGGAUUGUUUACUAUGCAAUCCAGAAUUUGGGACGUGUCUACACAAAACUGAAAGCAGCGCUGAAAUCCAAGCACCAGUGAAUCCUGUAGGACUGUGAAUAUUGCGUCUGUGACGACGGCCUCACCGGUCAUGCAGAUCACGGAGGAGAAGCAACGGAACAAGCGUCUUCUCACGCUGAUCGUGUGCACAACCUAUCAAGUGCGCAUUUUCUUUGAAAUGUGCAUCGUUUUAAAGAUAUUUGUUUGUACCAUUCAUUGCACAUGCACUGUAAUAUGAACCAUUUCUUAGCGGAAUGGACUGAAUUUUGUUUUCAGAUAAGACUUUUGAGAAACAAAAUAAAUAAAGGAAAAGGGUGGGGAAUUAUCUUGCCUGUACUGAA